AUGGAACCCCAAGCAGAGGAGGCAGCAGUGGAAGCCAUGUUGGAAGAAGACAGUGGCUCUGCACUGCAGUCUCAGGUACAAGUCUCAGGCUGCAAUUCUGGACACGUGUCAAACAUGGACCGCCUUCAAGAAGCAGCUGAUUUCGAGACUACUGCUGCAGAUUUGGAACUGCGUGGGGAGUACGAAAAAGCCAGGGAAGGAUAUCAGAGGGCGUUAGACCUUCGAAGAGAAAUACAUGGUGAUGUGGACGCACUGGUGGCCAAGAGCUGGAAUCAUUUGGGACGUGUUCUUUUGCUUCUUGGAAAGUUUGAUGAUGCUGAGAGAGCACAUAGCAGGGCCCUGGAUAUCUCAAAAGCAUGCAAGGGUGAUGAGCAUCUUGAUGUGGCAGCAUGCCUUGGCUAUAUAGGAGUUGUCAUGCACCACUGUGGGAAGCUGCCAGAGGCCAAGGAAUAUUGCAGCGCAGCACUGAAGAUGAGAACUCGGGAGCUGGGUGACAGCCAUCUGGAGCUGGUACAGAGCUUGAAUGAUCUGGGUUUUGUGCUCCUUGAUCUUGGAAAACUGCCUGACGCACAGCAGUGUUUUGACAGAGCAUUGGGAAUUGCAAGUGAUCAUGCUGAUCCAGAGACUGCACGGAGUUCCAAUGGCAUGGGGCGGGUAAUGUGUAGGCAGUCAAAGCUGUUAGAGGCUGGAGAGCACCAUGAGAGGGCAUUGCACAUCACAGAGCAGGCUUUGGGCGAAUUCCACCCAAACAUGGCAGAAGGCCUAAUUGGCAUGGUGGAUGUGAUGAUUGGGAGAGCUGAUGUUCCCAUGGCCAAGAGAUAUGCCUGCAAGGCACUUGAUAUCGUGCAGCAGGUGUAUGCCGCUGAACACCCAAAUUUGGCAAGAGCCCAUUUUGGGCUGGGACGGGUCAUGUUGGAGGCAGGAGAUUUCCCCAGAGCUGAAGAGCAUUUGCACUGGGCAUUGGCCAGCAGAAUGGUCUUGGGUGCUAAACAUCCAGACCUUGCACAGAGCCUUGAUGCUUUGGGAUCAGUGAUGUGGGAACAAGGGAAGUUUGUUGAAGCAGAAGAAUAUCAUGCCAGGGGUUUGGCCAUCAGGAAGGAGACCUUAGGUGAUGACCACCUGGAUGUUGCUGACAGUCUGAACAACCUAGGAAUAGUGAUGGCAGACCAAGGGAGACUCAUUGAGGCUGAAGACUACCAGCGGAAGAGCUUGGUCAUCAGAAGUCUGGGUUUGGAUGAUGGCCAUCCAGAUGUUGCCAGUAGCUUUGCCAAUCUGGGUGCUGUGCUGUUUCAGCAAGGGAAGUUGUCAGAGGCAAAGGAUUAUCAGAGCAGGGCCUUGCAGAUCAGACAGCAAGCUCUGGGCAAUGAACACCCAGAUGUUGCAAAUUCCCUGAACAACCUGGGAUGUGUCCUGUUUGAGCUGAAAAAGUACCGUGAUGCUGAGGAGCACCACAGGCAUGCUUUGGCCAUCAGAAAACAGGCUCUGGGUGAUAAUCACCCAUCUGUUGCAAACAGUCUCCACAACCUGGGAGCAGCAGUGGACAUGCAAGGAAAGGUCAAUGAGGCUGAGGGGCACUACAGAAAGGCCUUGGCAAUAAAAGAACAAGCUUUGGGGACAGGGCAUCCAGAUGUUGCUCACAGCUUGAAUAACAUUGCAGGCUGGAUGCUUCAGAAGAGAAGGUUUUCUGAAGCACGGGAGCUUAACAAGAGAGCAUUAGCCAUCCAGCAACAGUCCCUGUGUAGCAACCACCCAGACGUUGCACAAACAUUUGGCAAUAUGGGCGUGAUGGCAUACUACCAGAGGAAGUUGCCUAAGGCUGAAGAAUGCCAUAAGAGGGCGCUGGCCAUCAGACAAGAGGCAUUGGGUGCUGAGCAUCUGGAUGUUGCAUCCAGCCUGGAGUGGCUGGGAGAUGUAAAAUGGAAACAGCAGCAGUAUGCCAGUGCUGGGGAAUACCACAAAAGAGCUUUGUCAAUUAGGAAGUCGAUGCUUGGAGAUGUCCAUGGAGAUGUUGUAAGGAGUCUGGACAAAUUUGGGCUGGCAAUGUACAAACAAGGAAAGUUUGCAGAUGCUGAAGAAGUGCUGGAAACAUGUUUUGAAAUUGAAGGAAAAGCGCAACGCCAUGAGCAUCAAAACAUGGCAGCCAUGUUGGGCAUUUUGGAGGAAAUUAGGCAGGAGAAGGGCAUUUGA